AUGAUUCCAGACGCUUUUAACAAUAGCUUUUAUCCAAACAAGUAAAAAUAUACAUUCUGGAGAUACACAAUAUCUUCAUUUGUUGCCCAUGCUAUAACAAGAACUGUUCUUGCCCCAAUCGAGAGAUUAAAAAUAUUGUUCUAAACAUAAAAAAUUAUGAGAGUCCUUGAACAAGAUAGGUACACAUCAUAUCUAAGUGCUAUAAGAAGAAUAUAUUCUGAGUAAGGAUUUUUAUCAUUUUGGAGAGGAAACGGCACAAAUAUCUAUAGAGUUAUUCCUACCAACAUGAUUAAAUUCGCAACUUUUAUACACUUCAAAGAAGAAAUCUUUCCCAAAGGAGAAUAUCGUUAUUCCGGUUUGGAUUUAAUUAGUAGACAUUUCCUAUGUGGCAUGAGUUCUGUUUUUUUCAUAUAAAUGUUCUGUUAUCCUUAUGAUGUUAUCAGAACACGUUAAAUUUGUGAUCAAACAAAAGCAUUUGAAACUAGAAUGUAUGGAGGUACUUGGGAUACCAUGAGGAAAUUACUUCGUACUGAAAAAUAUAAAUCUUUAUAUAAAGCUUUCUGGAUUAAUUAUUUUUGUGGUGCUCCUUACUUAGCAUUGGCUUAUACAUUUUAUGAACAUAUCCGUAGUCUUUAUCACCCAUCAGUUCCUGAAGAUUAAUAACCUCCUUAAAAUAUGCUUUUUAAAUUAAUGGGUGCAGGAGGACUUGCUGCAGCUGGAGCUUCAAUAAUAACUUAUCCCUUAGACACAAUUAGGAGAAGAAUGAUGGUAAAUGGAGGUAUAGGAUUUGAAAGAGAAUAUAAAAAUGUAUUUGAUUGUGUAAAGAAAAUAGCUUAAAAUGAAGGAAUGAAGGGAUAUUAUGGAGGCUUCUUUGCAAAUUUAGUAAAAGUUGUUCCUGCAUUAGGUCUCUAAUUUUCAGUCUUUGAUAAUACAAGAAUGUUAAUUUUUGAAUGA